UGGUGUAAUCUGUGACAACAUGAAACAAAGGAGGGGUGUGUGUUUGUGUGAUUGUUACAUAUAAGCUAUUGAGAUUGAUUCGUUUAUAAUGCGAGACUUCUUAAGGAAGAGUCCUUCGAGGGGGACCGUGAGUUCUUCCUCGGCAGGGUUUAAAAGGCCGACGAGUCCUCCAGCCAGAGAACAAGUUAGCCAGGGCAAAGAUAUAUCAGGGGUGUGUAAAUUCACCUCGGCCAUAAAGAUGCGGGCCUUCCGGGGUAGCGUGAGGAAGAAGAUAGCCGAGCUGGAGGCCAACUCUAAAUUGAAGGAUGAGGAGGAAGGUGAUGAUAAGGGUAAUGACACAACUCCUGCUCAGUCCGAAAGUGCCAUACCAAACUGUCGCAUGCCAAUCACACUGCCGACACACCAGGAGGAUGCUGUUCAUGACACGAAGAUCACUGUAGAGGAGGGAGAUGAGACACGGGAGGUGGCAAGCUCAUCUCGAGAGCAGGCAGGUUGGAGUUCUGAGGCUAAGGAUGCCUUCACUAAUGAACACCACUCAGAGUCUGAGGCGGAAAGUGUUUAUGAAUCCCGUAAACUGAUGAUGAGGAGAGUGAUGCGCCAUGAAGCUGAAGAGGUCACACACAAUCACUUUGACCACUCAGAUGCAGACUCCUGGACUGACCUUGAAGAGAACUUCGCCAAGAUAUACGAGCCUAUCCCAUACAGGGUUCGCAGGGAGGCCUGGCAAAAGAUGACCAAGGAGGAGUUACUGUACAACAUCAACAGUGAAAGGAUGAGGUUGCAGAUGAAACACAUGAGCAGGAAGGAAAUUCUCAAAGAGAUUGACCACUUGCGAGAACAUCCAGUACACUUCACACAGAGCUACAACAAGGUCAAAUGUGCCAAGCAGCCGACCACCUCACACCAGCAUCAAGUGGUAGCAGAGAUUCAUUCCGUCCAGCAUCCAGAUUGCCAGACCUUGCACAGUGACACUGACACAGAGUUUGGGGAGACUGAUUAUGUGACCCGGUCUGAACUGUACAAAAACAUUCAUAAUCUGCAGAACUCUCUGGCCAGACACAACAAAUUAUUGAUGGAUGAGGACAACCAGUCCUGGAGGUCGGUGCCAGGUCAGCACGAUGAUCCCGUCUAUAUCUCCCGUUCAGAGAUAUUGUCUAAAGUGGACCCAACGUAUACCACCCGCCCGGAGGUCACCACGACUAGGGAGAUUAUGCAUCAAAAUAGUAACAAAGACAACUACUUAUCGCGGUCUGAGAUCUUGACUCGCCUGAAAGAGAUGUGUGAGAGUGAAGAUGAGCGUGGCCUCUCACCAGCUAACACAGCCGACUCCAACUGGGACGUGUGUUCUUGUGUUUCUUGCGAGCAGUGUGGCACCGACAACAUCUCUGCUUCUGAGGCCGAGUGCCAGUGCGGCGCCAAGCAGACUGGAGACAAAAGACAUAAAGAGCACAUCAGUCCCCAUAGGCCCUCCUCACCUGGAGAUCAAUCUCUUCUCUCCCAAGAUUCCUGGUCCAACGGAGAGUUUGAGAAAAUCUAUGAGCCUAUUAAGGGGCCGAGUGUUGUGAGACGACGAGAUUAUCUCGUCAGUCGCACUUUAGAAGAGCAGAAAAAACGCCUCCAAAAACUGGCACAAGUGAAGGAGCACCAACCCUCCGAGGGCAGAGGUAAAUAUCUUCCUAUCGAUGCAUGGAGUCUUAGUGAGAGUGAAGAUGUAUAUGAAUCCCUGGCACGUGUGGCUCGCGCUUCUCUACGGGCAGGCUCCAACACAUUGGCGUCUAUCAGUAAAGCUCGCCAGAAAACUGGAGGCGGUGGUGACCUGGAGUUGCAGCGGCGUGUGCGUGAAAUACUUGAUGGGCAAAAUCAGAUUAAUACCACAACAAGAAUUAAAGUGGUACAAGCCAUCACUGAGCACAUAAAGCACCAUCUUGAUCUUGACAACUUUGAGGAUGAAGAAGAGAGAAAUCAUGAGAUUCGUGAGCGGCUGAAGGAGGCUAUGGCACAGGACUGGGAAACUCUGAGCAACAUCAACCUGGGUCAUAUCUAUGUCCCUAUGGAAGAAAGCGCCAAGAGUUCAAAACUGGGAAGCAAGGAAAACACUGAUUAUGAUACAUUCGGUAGCAUUGACUCACUUAUUUUUGAGCCCAAGGUUCCAGCCAUUCAAGAGGCAUCGGAUGAAGGAACUGUGUCUAGUGCACUGAGCAACACCAUUAGCACUGACAGCCUACUGGACAAAGCCCUUGAGCAGAACUAUGAUACUGAUGAUCCUGCCCUGAGUGCCAUGAAGUUUUUUGAUGAUGCUCUUCAACUAGAAGGGGAAAAACUGAACUGUGAAUUAAAAGAGGAGGAGGAGGGAGAUAAUGACGACGACGAGGAAACGCCCAUUCCUACACCAGCUCCUUCAACACCAAUAGCUGAGAGUGAGCAAGAAUUACCCAUCUAUGACACAGACGACGAAUUGCAGGAACAUCCAGUAAAUGAUAUUCAAAACAUAUCGAAAGAGAACCCACUCAACCUAAAGCAACACCCAUGGCCUUGGAGUGCUGGUAACCAAAAUCAUCAGGGACGCUCUCAGUCAAACAAAGAACAAACCAAGCUGCCUCUUAAACAGAAGAUAUACAAUGGCUUGAUGGGUUUGGGGUUUAUAAGGUUUGGUUCCAAGGAAAAUAUAAAAUCUCCAAUUCUUCUCUGCAAUCAAGAAAAUCCCAAUUUCGUGGUAUCUGGAAAAGAUACCCCAAAAGAGUCACUCAAAGUACCCGUGGUGAUGGAGCUGCAGCGAGGACUGGACUCGCAGCAGUCUCAGAAAGACGUGAAUGGGUACGAGUCAUUCCAGAUGGAUUUUCACAGGCUGUCCGGCAAGAGGUUGCCCAGCGAAGAAGACUCGAUGUACGAUUAUCACCCAGAUCACAACGAAGCACUGUACCAUGGCGGCACCACAACCAGCCACGAUACAGUCGACUCCGAGACGGACAGCGUAACCAGUCAAGAGAGCGUAAUCUUCAAAGGCAACCUAACGGAGAUGGGCGACGCCACUGACCUCGACGACAAAAAGAAGAAAAAGAAUUCAUUUCAGCACAAGUUUGUUGUAAAUCAAGGCAAUGAAUCCGACACUAGCGAACUGAUUGAAAACAAGUCUGUAAGUCUGAGCACGCAGCCAUACCUAGACUCGGACACAUCGUGGGACUACAUGGAGGCUGUUGAAGAGGAGAAAGCGGCCAUGCAGAGAUAUGCUGUCACUCUGGAGGCCCAGGCUGAAGUGGGCUCGGUGACUCUUGGCCCGCGGGUAGUUGGAAAUAUGCGCAGGAAACACCUUUACCAAAGCAUUGACAAAGUCGAACACACACAAGCUGAAGGGUCUCCUGAGGGAGGGACGUCUCUUCAGGCAUCUGUUACAGAAGCUGUAACAGAUGUUCAUAAUAUUGGAAACCCAGUAUCAUCACCCCCUUCACUGACUGACCUCCAAUUGGCACAUGUGAGUGUGACCAGUCCCAUUGAUUACACCGACGAAGAGAUAGAUGGUCGGCAGCUUUUUCGUGCCUACCAGCGACGUCAGUUUAGAGCCCCAAGUGACCAUGAGGGGGGUGAUGGAGGUGGAAGUGCAAGUACCACAACACAGGAUUACCAGGAGACAGAGGAGGACAUGUAUGACGUGUGUGAUUCUAGUGGAAGCCUUGUACAGCGUAGCCAAAAUAAUCCGUCAGUGGUGCUGCUGAAGCACCAUGUGUACCAAAGCAUUGAGUCCCUUGCCUCCCGUUCAUGCAUAUCUUCCACAGUGUCCAUCAAGUCACCCGUCACAGAAGGAACAUUGGACGAUGGCGAGCUACAGCUUUACGGUUCACGUCACGGGGAACCCAUAUAUGGUGUGCGAAACUCUCGCCUCUUCCACUCUAUGAACGGCGCUUUCGUUAGUAGAAGCAACAGCGAUAGCGCGGUUGAUCCGCCUGUCAUUAUCCGUAAAGGCAGGGUAGUGGAACUUACAGAAGAAAUGUUUAAAGGCACCCUGGAGCGUAAGGUAUUGCCUCAAGAGCUUGAUGAUAGCCACCAGAACCUGACCUUCCAUAGUAGCCUACUGCCUACCACAGUACACGAGGAGGAUCGUCUCUAUUUCCAUAAUACUGUUUCUUCCACUGAGUCACGGGAAGUCCACUCAUAUGAGAAUGAUAGCGAGAUCUAUGGCACACAUAAUGAGAUUCGUGAGGAAAUUUUUCAGGUUACCCGGGAGCAAUUGAAAAUUGAUCCUCAAGAGGAAGUUUCAGCAAAAGAGGAGUCUUCUGCAGAUUCUUUCACAUCCCAGAGAAAGACUGAGAACACUGAAGAUGAAGUAAUGGAGGGUACAUCGACGGCCAAGAUCAAGAGAGUGCAAAAACUAGGGGUGUCAAUCUUGGGGAAUAAUAAUGAUAUGAUGAUUCGUGAACUGAAGCUUAAAUUGAAACAUAAGUUUAACCCUGAUGAUGAGAGUGAAGGUUCUGAAGAUGCCACUACCGAGAAGUUAUCCGAGGUUAAGGGCACAGUCAUCAGCAAGGUGCCUCUGAUAGCCACCAUUUCCAGUGACUCCAAUUCCGUGGCACUGAAGCGGGAGCAGCUGGCUCCUCACAUGAACAAGAUAUUUGGCUCUCUGCACAAGAGACGUCGCCAGAGCAUUGAGACUGUGAUGAGUAAGAGUGAGGCUGGAGGAACAGAUGAAUGUGGAAAGUUCUUUCCAGGAAAGGGCGAUGUCACAAAAGAUACGAAGGAUGAGAAACAAGAAAAAAACGAAAAGGAGAGAGAGGUAAUAAGGUUAACAAGAGCAGACGGAGGCGUUGAGCAUGUUUGGGUGCCAACACCGGACUACACACCAGCCUCCACGCUACCAAGAGAAAACUUCAACCACUCUAUCUUGGCCUUUGAUCACCUCAUGGACCACCAACUAGCCCAAGAGGAGGACUACAGCUUUGAUUUAGCCGACUUGGCUAAGUUUGUCCACGAACACAUCUCCAAGAACAAGAACCUGUACUCGGACCCAGGAGGUCCGGACUCCGUGCCCACACCUGUUGCUCAGGUCAGUGCCUCUGUCUCCCCCAGUCCCACCAAUGAACCCAUGCUGCAGAGUGGUGAUUUCCCUAAACGUUCUGUACGAUUUGAUAUGCGAAAACAAUUGGCCGAUUUGAGUGCCACUUGGUCAGACUUAGAGAGCGUCAUCUUUGCCGAAGACAAGUCUGGUUCCGAGUAUCAGGACAGGGCAGAGAAACAGUGGGACAUUGGGGAGUACGUGGGGAGUGUGUUAUCUAGCGGCAAGCUGCCGGCCUCUCGCAUGGAAUCCUACAAAGAUAGUGAUUGUCUGCUAUGGGAGCAGCUGGCCAAGAUGAGGCGCAGCAAGGCCCCAGAGGACCGUGAGCGCUGGCAGUUGGAGAAGACGAAAAGGAUGCUGCUCUGGAUACAUCUGUCCGAUGACAACACCUACACUGAGUGGUGUUACAAGAGUCAGUGGUGGAAGGCGAAGCAGAGGGCGUCAGUGGCAUGGAUCGUCCAGAAGGCCCACAAGAACAAGGUUCCGACAGACCUCCAUGACCCCUACUACCGUGAUUAUGAGGGAGCAGAACACCUUAAACCAGGCAUUGUGCACAGGUUGGCCAAUGCAGACCUAUACUGCUCUGCAUUGGCCAACAUCUAUGGUGACCCAAACUUCCACAAUCUGAGCCACUGGAACAUCAUACAAGCCUUGGCUAGAAAGGGUGUCUAUGUUGCUGAGCCCACUGACGUUGCCCUUACUGAGACCGUACUCAUUCAGGUCACGCCCAUCAAAAUGUCUGCUCACUUGGCUGUGAUAGAAGCAAUGAUGGCACUGUACAUUAGAGAGGUGGUGGUAGCAGAUCGAGCAGUGACUGUAUUACAGCGUGUCAGUGGUGGAAUGAUGCCUGACCGCAUCCCUCAGGACCAAGAAGAAGCUCUUGUGCUGUGGAUCAGUCAUGUCACACAAGCCUUGCAAGAGCGAAUACAUCAACAGGUUCAAUCUCAGGACCAGGAGUUGCCUGUUUUCCCACGCAUUCAAGACCUGAGUGACCUGAGUGAUGGCAUUGGCUUGGCUGCUCUCAUAGCCUUCUACUGUCCCCAAGAACUUCCUUGGGGAGAUAUUGCCGUUGCUGAUCCUCCAUCCAUUGCCGAUUCACUAUAUAACAUUAGUUUGGUAAUCAGGUUUUGCCAAGAGAGUCUGCCAUAUAACCCUUGUCUCCUAACCAAAGAAGAUAUUGUAUAUAUGCACAGCUCAGUGAAGCAGAAUGUGCUGGCUUUUGCAGCAGAGCUAUUUUUUCUUCUUGAGCUGGAACCUGUUUCAUGCGUAUCACUACCAGGUACUAAGAAGACCUCUACUAAAUUUAUCCAGCUCUCUUCCCCAGGUGGUGGUGGGUGCAGCGGUUGGAGUGGGUACCAACGGAGCAUGAAGGUCAUCCCUGACCUCCGAGCGAGCCUCUCGCCCUCCUCGGCCCACUCCACCGCCUCCUCAUAUUCUUCUGCCCGGUCUUCCUCCCAUUCACAGCAACGGUCACCCUAUUCCACGCUGAGAGGUCGGGGAGGAGGCAAAUCACCAUCCUCAGGGGGAAGCGGAUCGGGAUCGGGAACAGGGACCGGGUUGAGACGACAGCAAUCCCUGACGGAACGGGACCGGCUACGCAGAGAUCGCGUCUCCGUCCAUGAGGGCAUGAAAACUGCUGGAGCUCCGAGUGUACGCCGCUCUCAUUCCAUGAAUUUAAACGACAUGGCUGACAUUAGAACUAGGAUUGAACAAAGAACGGAAAGAUCCGAGAAUGCACCAUCCUCUUACAACAGUGAUUAUGGCGGCAGGGAUAGCUCAAUGAGUGAUGGCCAAGAAGGGGACUUUGUUGUACAGCGUUCUCGAGGGCUUGCUACACUCAGUGAUAUGAUGCGCACACAGUCCCCACGGCCUUCACAGGAUUUAGAUCCACCAUACUCCUCUAGAUCUACUACCAAAGAAAAAUAUAACAUGGACAGUAAAGAAGAAGAGUUGGGCGAAAGGAGUAGAGGGCUUGUGCGUCGUGGAAGCUUCAAUAACUCUCAUCCUGAUCUCCCAGCUGCUGGAAUGCCCUCUCGCUAUGAGGAGCGACCUCAUGGUCGUUCAAGAUCUCGUCGAAAUUCAAUUAGUGCAGAAGACUCCCAGUUAACAAUAGAAAAUUUUGGUGGUAGUCAAGAUAAUUUAAAUUAUAUUGCCAGAAACCCUGAUAAAGAACCAUUUGUACACACAGGUAGAAGGGAGAGUUCAAACUUGGAAGGGUCACAACUACGAGAUACUCGAGAGGUUAGUGCGAGACCUGAAUCCCGAAACAGUCGUGAACGUAGUGUUGAAAGACGGUUAGACUUCCAUCGUGGCAGCAUCGAGGAAUUAGACAAUCGUCUCGUAGAUAAAUUGGAAAGAGAAGCUCUGGAACGUGAGAAACGUGAUUCUUCACAGUACACUAGCAAAGAAAGAUUAAUAGUUAGAGAACCUAGAAAAAUUUCAGUGGAGGCUGUUGAUUCGGGAAGUGAGAGUGAUGUAUCAUUUGACAGAGAAAAGCAAAUGGUUAAAGCUACUAGUUUUGCUGAGCUUUCUAAAUUAAAAGAACAGCUUCCAGGCGGUAUUAACAUAAUAUACAUGCAGUCAGAUAAGGAUGAUUCUUCAAGGAGGAGUAGCAAAAGUUCAGAGAAGAAAACUACCUUUGCAGCUUUGCCCAAUCAAACCACCUGGAAGCAACAAAGUGCCCAAAGUCACUCUGAUGAUAAUAAAUCUAUUAGUGAUGAAAACAUGGAACCACAAGUCAUGGCCUCAGAGCUCCAUAAUGUCAGACUAAAACUAGAAGAAAAACGUCGUAGAAUUGAGUCGGAAAAGAGAAAAAUGGAACAGGCAAUGAAUAAGCAACGACAAAAGCUUGGGAAGGAAGCAUUCAUGCAGGCGGUUGUCAAAGGAGGUAAGGGGUCCUCCACUGGAUCCUCAACUCCCACAACAUCAGAGCCCGAUGCUUUGGACACAAUGGUAGAUUCAGUGGAACAAUCUCUGCCAAAGCAUCCCUCUUCUCUUGCCACCAUCGCUACUCCACCUAACCCAGACUUAUCACUAAAGGAUAUUGGUACUGAUGUGAAUAGCUUAUCCAGACGAUGGUUAGAGGGUGAAAAUCCAGGGGACGAGCUGCGCACACCUGAUCUUGACACCAUGGACUACGAUCAGUAUCAUCAGUCUCUGACACAUGGGGAGAGUGGUUUGGAGGGCUCUCGUCGCUCUUCCUUGGACCACCCUUAUGCAGUACAGUUACGGAGGAGAUCCUACGUAGGCCGAGAUCCACGAGAGCGAGCCUCCCGAGAUCCACGAAUGGACUUGCGCAGAAUGAGCCUAUACUUGGAGCCUGGCACCUGGCGUUCUGCUAACGAUCCUGGAACACUACCUUCGACACCCCCACGCCGCAUCUCCAUGGGCCCAGACUCUUUUACACAACCUUACAGGAUGACUGACUCGCUUACUGAGAUCCAGAGUGAUAUCCAGCGUUUGUCUCACCAGCAACAGCAGAUUCAAAGCCUUAUGCACAAUGGAAUGAAUCCACCAAGCAACCAAGCUAUUCAUCAAGCACCACCACAUGGUCAAUUUUAUCUUCAUGACCAGCAGGGCAGCCCAGUGCGACGCAUGUGGGGCCAGCAGCCUGGAAGUGAUGGGUAUGCAUCCAUGUCCCCAGCCACCAGACGUGCUCAGUGGGGGCCUGCAAGACCUAUGAUGCCUCAGAAUGAUUAUAUGAUGGCUGGCCAGCAUCCGAACUACUAUCCUGGCUAUCAGAUGAACCACCCGGCCCAAAUGCCUCCACUAAACCAAGUGAACACUCAACCCCAGAUGGGCAGCACAGGCCAAGGCUUCAUGCUUCAUAGUCAAACACAAUCUCUACCUCCUCAGGCCAUGUAUCAGAAUGGCCAAGGAUUUUAUAGUCCUGAGCACCAGUUUAGAGGUUAUCCUCCUAAUGCACAAACAUAUGGUUCCAGUGACCAUCAAAGACAAAUGGGCCAGACACCACCCUUUAGAUUACAUGGCGAAGGUACUGGUGGAGAUGGUUGGGGUUCUAAUGCAGACAGUCGUGGUCAAGGCAGCCUUAGAUCCAGUGCCCAAUCUUCUCCAAGCAGACAACCCCCGCAGCGCCAACAGAAGUCUCCCAGUCCUACCCGACAGACAUCAGUUUCUCAUGCUCCAGUAGCUGCACCACCACCUGAUGAUAUGGAGCCACAAAAUGUUUCAUUUAUUAACUCUACAGAUGAACAGCACAGUGAAAAUCAGAGAGAUGACGCUAGUGAUAAAUUAAAACGGUUAUCCAUCUCUUCGGGUAGUAAAACGUAUCGCAUUUCCCAUGAACCUGGUUCACCUACGAGACCUAGUUUAGGAGUCAAAACUUUCAGAGUUCCAACUAAAAAGGGUACUCCAAUUUAUGAUGAUGUAGACUUGCCCCAGCCUGCCCCACCACAACGGUCUCGGACUCCGCCUUACCAUCAGGACUCGGGGGGGCAUGAUGAUGAUGAUGAUGACGAUGAUGAAUUAGACAUUAAGGCAGAGCCUCUCCAGGAGGGUCCAAAAGUUGAUAAAGGGUUUUACAUAUCUUUUGAUAGUGAUACUGGCCCAAGAAAACCUAAACCCCAAUUACGGAACAAGAAAAUGGCCCGAAAAAAUUCCAGUUCUUCAACUCCGGCAACAACUCCAAGCAGAGAAGACCUUCCUGUUGUGCCUAGCCGACCCAGUCGGACCUCCAAUGGUUCGUGUGAUCCUCAGAGUGGCAGCAUGACUCAAACCCAUAGCCCCAGCAUGGCAAAAUCACCUUUUACCCUCAGUAGUAACCAGUCCAGCUCAAAACGUGGCUAUCCCUCACCCCAAAUCAAUGGGCUCUCCCAUAAUUCUCCCUCGGAGACUGAACGGGAGGAGGAGCAUGAGCCUCACCCUGGUGUACAUUUGGAGGAACUGACUUCCUAUUCCAGUAAGAACCGACUAUCAGAACCUACUGCAGGCAUGGCCAUAGUCAUUGGUGAUGAUCGAGACAUCAGUGAGAAUUCAUCUGCAUCAGAGAUGGAGAAGAAGAAGGAGAAGCUCAUGAUGAUGUCCAUGAAACGCAAACAGGAACAAGAGGAGGCAAGAUUAAGAAAGGAGAUGGAAGCACAAGCAAAAAGGGAAGCAGAAAAAUUAAAAGAGGAGGAGAAGCUACGAAAGAAGGAGGAAGAAAAAGCACGACGGCAAAUUAUUUUAGACAGAUAUAAAAUCAAGAAAGCCAUGGAGGAAGCAGAAAAAGAGGGCCGAUACUAUGAACCUCCACCUGGGUUAAGUCCAGAUCCUCCUAGUUCUUCACAUGGAAAGCCAUCAGUUCGAUUAAGAAACAAGCCACCUGGAGGCAGUAGACCACGCCCCAAGACUAUGGCUGGAUCAUCUGUGUCAGAUACUCCUGAUGGAGAACUGACACCAAGUCGUGGCAAGAAGGGGAGCUCUCAGAACAUUGCUGGUGAAGUUGGGAGGAGAGGCGAAGGCAGCAGAUCUGGCAGCAUGAGGAAGAGCAGCGGGCGGUGGGGUUCUUCACAGUCACUGACACGUGCAGCUGGCUCUCGUGGAUCCAGCGGCAGCCUAGCUGGAGACUAUCCCAGCACGACCCGCACCCUGGACCGUGGCCACACAGGCAGACGUCCCACCUCUGUUAUUGGUUACUCCUCAAUCACCCGGGGGGAUGGCAGGAAACCUUCACUAUAUCGGUCCCAAUGUGAUGGCCUCAAUUAUGGUGAGGAUUACCGUGUACAUGAGGCGCGGCGGCCAAGCCUGGCCGUGGAAGGUGGUGUCCCUAGGCUGAGGCGAGGAACUGCCUCUUACAACAAUGGUGGCUCAGCUGGAGGAUACAGAAAGUACCGGUCAACUGGCAAUCUGAGUGGUCAGAGUGAGCACGACAGCUUAGUGUACCACAUGAGUGAAGACAGCGGCCUGGGUCGUGCUACUCCACCUCGCCGUGCCCCUUCCCCGGGAAUGGCACGUCACCUCCCUUCACCAUCUGGUCCUGGCUCUUUACCUCCUGGUCUCUUCUCUAAAAGACGACAGGGAGGAUUUGAUGAUGCGGCUAGCGAUAUCUCAUCCACUGCUAGUUCCACAAUGGACUAUUUUGGUCCUAAAUUAUUCAAGCAACCAACUGCAAAGUCCAAUAGAACAAUCAUUCUUAAUGCAGUUGAAUAUUGUGUCUUCCCGGGGAUGGUGAAUCAGACAGCUAAACACAGAGUUCUAGAAGAAAUUGCACGUUCCGAGUCGAAGCACUUCCUUGUCUUAUUCCGAGAUUCUGGUUGCCAGUUCCGAGCCAUUUAUUCAUUUAAUCCAGAGACUGAAGAGGUCUUCAAGCUGUAUGGUACAGGCCCUAAACAAGUUAAUGAUAGAAUGUUUGACAAAUUCUUUAAAUACAACUCUGGAGGAAAAUGUUUCUCUCAAAUCCAUACUAAGCACUUGACUGUGACUAUUGAUGCGUUUACCAUCCAUAAUUCUCUCUGGCAGGGCAAGCGUGUCAACCUUCCCUCCAAAAAGGACAUGACACUUGUAAUUUAAGUUUCCUGAAAAAUCAGAUUCUCGUUUACUAAACCCACAUACAGUAUAUUUUGGUACUCAUACAUGCACUGUGAGAAUAUGCCUUGUGUGGCUCUGCUGCUCCAAUUGGGCUCUCAGCAAAAUAUUUGAGUGUUUUUAUACAGAGUUUUAAUUCAGAGUGUAGAUAAUGGUAUGCUGCUAUUAAGGAAAAUCCUCGUGUGUGGGCUUGCAUAGUUUCGAGACGCUGAAAUUUUUUUGUUUUGUACUGAGGAAUUCCUCUCAACGGGUGAAUUUUUUAGGAUAAAUAUGCCAUUUUUUGUGUGAGACAGCAAGCCUUUUCCUCAACAUUUGCUCACACAAUUAUUUCCCCCCAAUACUAGCCUUAAAGCAUUUAAAGGUUUUGGUUGUGGCUUCGUUGGUCAGUAUAACCAAUUAGUCAGGUUGUUUACAAAACAGAAUUUGUUAGUGGUGGCUCUUGGUCACAUACAGGGCUUGGUGGUAAUUCUACGGCAGCCAUCUCCUGUAUGCUGGGAGCAGUUUAUAAAAGAAACUGGAAAUGGGGGAAAUAGAGAGUAGAGAGUUUUAUCAAGAAUGGGAACAAAAAAGAAAGUAAUUUAGGCCAAAUUAUUUUCAGUGUGGUUAAAAGCUUGCCAUCAGCUUGCACUGUGACAUGACCAUAAGGUUUACUUGAUAUCCUGCCAUUAGCAGCCUUCAUUUAUAAUUGUGUAUUAUUAAUAAUUAUUGGCAAGUGCCCCAUUUCAAGCCAAAUAAAUAUGUUCAUAAAAAUUAAGACUUGGGAAAUUGUGUAUUGGGAUGUGAUUUUUCUGGGUUUUCACAGAUGUUAGGGUUGAUUUUAGUCACUGGUCAUUCCUGUGUCUUGUGUUAAUCUGGAGAGACAAUUCUUGCUGAUGAUGGAGGGGGGAUUCUGGGUUCUGUCUUUUACUCCCUCUAUGAAUUCUCCCGAUCACAUCCCUUUGGAUGGGAUAGUACAUUUUAGGAUCUUAAUUUAAAUUUGCCAUUACCCAUAAGGGGUGCCAUAAUGUUAGAAUUGAAGAUAAAUGUGAAGAUUGUUACUUAAUUAAAAAAAAAUUUGCAACUGUUGGAAAGCAAACGUCAUGAAGUUGAAGAUGUGAGAUCAGCAGGGCACGUAAUUUGUUUGCAGUGUUAACUAAUGCAAUUCCAUAUAACAUUCGCUUCUCGUACUAAAUCUGUGAUUCUUGUGAUCGUUAGGUAAGACUUGCAUCAGGCAUAUGUAAGUAGCAUCUCCAUGUAUUUUUAGAACGUAUGUAGCUUUCAGGAAAAGAAAGAAAAACUAAAAAAUACCUGGUUGAAGCUAGCCUUGCUUGCAUAAUCCUGACGAUACAAUUAAUUCCAACUUGUCUAGAUAUAAAGUAUAGUGUUGAACUUGUAUAUAUUAGAAUGUGAUAGGGAAAAUGAUGUUGGAUUGUGGAAACAUUCCUGGUUUUCCCAAAUACUCACAAAGAGACUGUAUAUGUGAACAAAAAGAUUUCCAUAAGUUUGAAGAGUUUCCAUAGCUUUUGUACUAAGGAAUGUUUAUUUUCUUUCUUUAUUUUUUUCUUGUGUAUGUGUGUGUGCAUGCAUGCGUGCGUAUGUGUGUGUUACUUGUCUUGUAACCAACAGUUAAAUAUGUAGCUUACAUGACAUCUUUAUUUCUUCAUUGAUAUCAUCUCAUAUGUUAAUAAUUUGUUACAUUUUAAAUCCAUUAGAUCUCCAGCUAAAGAAAUUGGUCAUAUUUACAUUAUACAAAUUUGUAUUGUUAAUGUGUACUGGAGAGAGGGUGCUCAUACAUUCAAUUAUGUAUAUUAACUAAUGAUGUAUAUGGUAUGAAGAUUAACACAACAAUAAAUCUAACAGCAAUCUCUUGAGUGAGUGAUAGCUUGUUGUCACAUUAAUGGCAUACAAUAACUAUUGUAAUCAAAUAUAUCCUGUGCAUAUUUACACAUUUACAUGUAUGCAAGAACGAGGGAGUGAAUGUGCAAAAGAGAACAUUCUUUGCAAUGUUGAUUCUGCUGCUAUUGUUAACUAGUGUGGUUGACAUUAAAAUGUGAAGCUGGUUUACAGCGAGAGUUGACUGUGUAUGCUAUAAAUGUUGCAACAAUCUAGAGCACACUACAGAGUAAUUGUCUGUAAUUGUUUGCCUUAAUGUUCAGAGAGAUCCAUGUCAUAGGAAUACCUGACCAGGUCAAACUUGUACCAUAAUGUGAUCACAUUAGGUAGCUGGACUAACGGGAAAUACUUCACAUAGAAAAGUAAGUUUGGAUGUACAGUAUAUGAGGUUUCUUCGGCUUUGUUAGUUGAUGUUUAGUUAUUCUACUUGAGCAGGAAAACUUGUAACACCUUGAGGUAUGGCUCAUUACAUCUCAUAAUUCUUGUUAAAGUAGAUGAGUUUGUUAUGAUUGAAGUAAAAAUGUCCAGCUAUUUAUUUUUUGUAAUUAUUUACAAAGUACUACUUAUAUUGACUUUUGUACCUGGAUGAAAAAUGUUACUGGAGCAAGCUUUAGACAUAUUGUCUACUAAGGGUAGAUGAUACUGGGUCUCCAUGAAUGUCGAGGUUGACAAGGUAUUCCUUGCUGACUCUACUUGCUUUGGUUUAGUGUGACCAUGUGUACAUAUUGUUUUAUAUUUAUUCCCAACAUCUCAAAAUGGGGUGGGCUUAUAGAAAACUCCCAUGUCUGCUUGUUAUUAAUGAUAACAAUAAAUUCAGUCUUUUUUUCAGAA